ACACAAGGAGACCGACAGGGGCAAUCCCAGUGUGUGGAACCAUAACUCCUGGUAACAGAUGCUCCAAGCUGAGACUCUAUCAUAGACAGUGCUGCGUAGGGCCGGGCUCCAGGGCUUCCCUUGUGCUCCCAUGCAGAAAGGACCCCCAGGGGAGCUGAUGCCAGCUGAGACCAAAAAAACAAGGGUCUGAGGACUAAGCCACAUCAUGGCGGAGGAGAGCCUGGAGACAGACGGCCCCAGAUCCUCUAUGCCGGCUGAGCUCCGCCAUCCCCACUCUCAGUACUCUCAGUGGAAGUUUAAACUGUUUAGGCUGAGGUCCAUGGAGAAGGCCCCUGUACCCCGUGAGACCCGGCAUGAGAAAGAAGCCUCGCUAGGGAUCCCUCCUGCUGCAGAUCUAAACAAAGAGUUAGAUAAUGGCAUGGGUCCAGGGAGUGUUAUGAAAUUGUGUCUCGGGGGAAAAAGCAAGGAAAAUGUGGAGGGCCCUGGCCGGAGAGUUGAUAUGAAGCUACAGGAAAUGGACACCCACAUGAACCAACUGAGGUGCUUGUGUCGUCUCUGCGGAAUGACCCUGAGAAAAGUCAAAGGACCGGUGCACGAUGUGAAUGGAGAUCUGGAUGAGGUCAGCAAAGGUGUUCUGCGUAAAAUGGGCUGCAAAUUUACACACUGGCCCGAUGUUGUCCUCAAAGUCUUUAAAGUGGACAUAACAGAGGACACAGAAUCUGUCCACCCUCUUUCCUUCUGCCAUCGCUGCUGGGUGGUAGCCAUAAGAGGAGGGGGUGUCUGCAGCUUCUCCAGAACAAGAGUCCCUGAGUGGAAACCCCACUCUUCCACCUGCCACCUUUGCUCCCCCAGGAAACAUUCAUUCCAGCGGACUGGGAGGAAGAGGCGGAAAGCCAUUCCCAGAGCGCACAGUCUGGCAAAAAGGACCCGAAGGGACCACGGCGACAACAUUGCCAUUGGUGAGAGGAGGUCUCUGAGACCAUUUGGAGACUAUCAUCAUGGUCCUGUGCAAAGGGCAUGGAGGAAACCCAGCAUUCAGAGAGAGCAGUGGGUGAAGAACAUUACCCACUGCCAGAAAGACCACCUGAAUACCCAGCUGAUCUCUGAGAAGCUCCCUGUAGACUUCAUCUUUUCUUUCACCUGCCUGGUGUGCGACCACCUGCUCUCUGAUCCAGUCCAGUCGCCCUGUGGACACCUCUUCUGCCGCAGCUGCAUUCUAAAAUACAACCACGUUCUGGGACCUCACUGCCCGGCCUGCAACUUGUCCUGCGCCGUUGAUGACCUCGCACCACCUGCCAAAGCCUUCUUAUCAGCCCUGUAUUCCCUGUCUUUGCUCUGUCCCAGGUGUGGCAAGCAGGUCAGGAUAGACUCAUUUAAAGCUCAUUGUCUGGGCCAUGAGCUGGAUGAACAGGACGAUAAGCAGCAGUCAUCAGAACUUGACAACUACCUGCUAACCAAUAAAGGAGGGAGACCUCGUCAGCAUCUGCUAUCGCUGACCCGCCGUGCCCAGAAGCAUCGGCUGAGGGAUAUGAAGAACCAGCUGAAGGCGUUUGCAGACAAAGAGGAAGGUGGCGACCUGAAGUCUGUGUGUCAGACUCUGUUUCUGCUUGCACUGAGGUCUGGGAAUGAACACCGUCAGGCAGAUGAGCUAGAGGCCACGAUGCAAGGCAGAGGCUUUAGUUUGCAACCUGCUGUGUGCUUAGCCAUUCGGGUCAACACUUUCCUGAGCUGCAGCCAGUAUCACAAGAUGUACCGAACUGUCAAAGCCACCAGCGGCCGCCAGAUCUUUCAGCCCCUGUACACCUUGCGGGCUGCAGAAAAGGAGCUUCUCCCUGGCUUUCACCAGUUUGAAUGGCAACCAGCUCUCAAGAAUGUGUCUACAUCUUGCAGUGUUGGCAUUAUUAAUGGGCUCUCUGGAUGGGCUUCCUCGGUGGAUGAUUUCCCAGCUGACACCAUCACUACACGGUUUCGCUACGAUGUGGCUCUGGUGUCAGCAUUGAAGGAUCUGGAGGAGGACAUCAUGGAGGGGCUGAGAGAGAGUGGGAUGGAAGACAGUGCUUGCACCUCAGGCUUCAGUGUCAAGAUCAAGGAAUCCUGUGAUGGCAUGGGCGAUGUCAACGAGAAGCACGGUGGAGGACCAGCUAUUCCUGAGAAGGUUGUGCGUUUUUCUUUCACUGUUAUGUCUGUCUCUGUCCUGGCAGACGAGGAGGAGGAAGAGGUUACCAUCUUCACUGAGCCAAAGCCAAACUCAGAACUGUCCUGUAAGCCCCUUUGCCUUAUGUUUGUGGAUGAAUCAGACCAUGAGACACUCACAGCUGUCCUGGGGCCUGUAGUUGCAGAGCGUAAUGCAAUGAAAGAGAGCAGGCUCAUUCUGUCCGUGGGCGGACUACAUCGUUCCUUCCGCUUUCACUUCAGAGGCACAGGAUAUGAUGAGAAGAUGGUGCGCGAGGUCGAGGGCAUGGAGGCCUCAGGGUCCACCUACGUCUGCACUCUUUGUGACUCCACUCGGGCAGAGGCCUCUCGAAACAUGGUGCUACACUCCAUCACUCGGAGUCAUGAAGAGAACCUAGAUCGUUACGAAAUAUGGAGAACCAACCCCUUUUCUGAGUCUGUAGAUGAGCUGCGGGACAGGGUCAAAGGGAUCUCUGCCAAGCCCUUCAUGGAGACCCAGCCAACGAUGGAUGCAUUACAUUGUGACAUUGGCAAUGCCACUGAGUUCUACAAAAUCUUCCAGGACGAGAUCGGAGAGGUGUACCAAAAGGUCAACCCCAGCCGGGUGGAACGGCGCAGCUGGAGGGCAGCCCUGGAUAAACAGCUUAGGAAGAAAAUGAAGCUUAAACCAGUGAUGAGGAUGAAUGGGAACUAUGCCCGCAGGCUUAUGACCCAAGAGGCUGUGGAGGUGAUCUGUGAGCUGGUGCCCUCAGAGGAGAGGAGGGAGGCCCUGAGGGAGCUGAUGAGGAUCUAUAUCCAGAUGAAGCCUGUGUGGCGCGCCACCUGCCCUGCCAAGGAAUGCCCCGACCAGCUGUGCCGCUACAGCUUUAACUCCCAGCGCUUUGCCGACCUGCUCUCCUCCACCUUCAAAUACAGGUACAAUGGAAAGAUAACCAAUUACCUGCACAAGACCCUGGCCCAUGUGCCCGAAAUCAUAGAGAGAGAUGGAUCCAUAGGAGCCUGGGCCAGCGAAGGGAACGAGUCUGCAAACAAGCUCUUCAGGCGUUUCCGGAAGAUGAAUGCACGUCAGUCAAAGGCCUUUGAGCUUGAGGACGUGUUGAAACAUCACUGGCUCUACACCUCCAAGUACUUGCAGAAGUUUAUGGAAGCUCACAAGGACUCUGCCAAGGCACUGCAAGCCACUAUUAACCCAGUAGAGAGCCAGGACUUCUCUUCGGUGGAAGAUAAUGUCUUUUGAUUUUUUUUUUAAGUGAAUUUUAAGUUUGAACAUUUCAUUGAUUUCAAGGAAGUUGUAUAGUAUUUUAAUUGCCUCUCAGUAAUAUGGACUUGUUUACAAAUAUACAUCAUCCUUUAUUUUGGAUUUGACCAAAUACAAAUGUCAUGUUAUUCUCACUUCAUCUUUUUUAUAAUGUGUGUUUUACUUGUUUUUAAUAUUUGAUUGUAUUUGUACUGUCUUGUUGUAUAAAUAUACAUGUACCUGUCUUUGUUAGCUGUUAGUUACACUGCAAAGAUUGGACAGCAGACGAAAAUAGAAGUAAUACGGAGGUUUCUGUUCUCUUGCUCUUGGCAGAAAAGUUAUUUUUUGUAGAUCCACACCGUCUGUGAAAUAUGGCACAGUUUAUUGUAUUGCAGGGAUAUGACACAUUUAUGAAUUUAUAUAGAGAGGAUAUUUAUGGAAACAGAUGAAAGUGCUGUAAGUCAUGGCAGGAAAUUGUGUUAAAAAGACCACAUUUGUGGCCACUGUAUUAAUAUAUCAUUUGAGCUGGAACAAAAUGCAAUCACAGAGACCCAAAUGUUCUUUGUUUCAUGAGUGCCCUCCGAAAAAGAUGACUUUAGUGCUUUAUCGUGGGAUCCCUGAGGGGUAGAAUAGAUGCCAGGUCACUUUGAACCAAUUUUUAUCUCUUAGUUUUUGCACAGUGGAGGAUAGAUGAUACUUAUUCAUAUUCUUCACAUGGAAUAAAGCAUAUACUGACCUUUUUGUUGAUAUCAUAAAAAUACAGUAUGGUCCAUUACAAAGCCUAAUACCCCGUAGACUCUCCAGCUGGCAGGGAUUUUUCUUAAGUUCUUUAUAUAACCCUGGCACUUUUUCUCUGCUGAUAUUUCUUCAUUGCAAUGGUUGACAGAGGAGAGGGAUGAGCGGGAGCUAGAAAGACCCGAUGUAAACUGAUUUGUUGGCAACUAUAUUUGUUUGAUUGAUUGAUUAUAUCGUUUUUUUUUCACCCUCAUCAUUUUGAAUUGUGACAGGCAAUUUUAUUUUUCUAUUUUAUUUUAUUUUACUGUCAUAAGUUUAACCAUGACAGCUGAGAAAUAUUCACAUUUCAUCCUGUAGUUGUCACUUUCCUAGAAUACCAUCAUGUUUUAGAGUCUAACUUGUCUCAUAUUAGUUUUUUGCCAUAAUGAAUUGCAUUUCCAAAGUAAUGGAUGAUGGAUGGAUGAUUCACAGAAAUACACUUGGCCACUUUUCACCAUGUAUUUCCUCAUUUUUUUGUUUCCAUAUUACACUUAAUAUCAGGUGAACUGUUUACUUGGGUUGCUGAAGACUUUCUGUGGUGAUUUACUUUGCAUACUAGUACUGUAUUACACUGAAGUUCCACUACUUUAUUUUUUACAUUUUCAAUGUUAAAAAUAAUAAUACAGAUAUUUCUGCUGUAUUAUUUUCAGCAGACGACUUUCCACCAUUUUGAUACCUUUAUGGAGGGGGAGUUUGUACUUUUUGUCUCUGUUUCGUAUCUGAAAGAAUAAAUAAAGACAACAUCUGACUUGA